AUGGUACUUCGAUGGCUCUUGUUGGUUGGCCUGGGGGUUGCAGAAGACGAGGAGGUGGCAUCCGGCCAAAACUGCCACUUGCUGCAAACAGGACUUGGUUUCCGCAAACAUCUUCCUCUUGAGCACGGCACAAGCAUCGUCGCCGACAAGGAGAAAGGUAUUUGCCGAAGCCAUUUGUCAGAGCAGGAUUGGUUCACUCCAAUCGGGCAACUUACAGAGGCGUAUGGUGAGGAUGGCUGGUGCAUUUUUGGUGCCUUGGGUGGUUGGACUGCCGAGUGUGCAGUUAGCCGACGAUCGCACAAUAUAAGCAAUUUCCUGGCUCAGCCGGAGACAGGAUACAUGACUUAUGUCAGUGAACCACAAGCAACACCAUAUACCCUGAAGUUGUUCGAUGAUCGGUCGCUCACAAUCCGCGAUCACUUUUAUCCCUUGGAUGAUUUGUACUGCUUCGUGAAUGGCUGGUACUCCUUGGACCGGGCAGCAACUGUGCAGAAUUUCACCUAUUUGGAAGAAGUCUCGGAAGAGUCAUGCAAGCACUUGGCGAAGAUUGUUCCUGGGUAUCAGAACAUCACCCUCAAUGACUUCGACAAGGAGUCGCGGUCCGAUGAGGCACUCCUGGAAGCUCUUGCUAGAGAGGGUGGUGGCUUUGUCUCAGAAGAAGUCGUGAACGGAAUGCGCCUUCACGCUGCGACCAAGUGCCUGCUCAGAGGAGGAGAUCGCGGGGCCGUUUGUGACCUUGCCAGUUGCGCAGAGCGUGGCUGCCUUGGCCCAAAUAACGAAGUCCUCUACACAGCCCGGGGUGAAUGUGAAUCGGUUUGGAAAGACCGACCUCAAUGA